CGUGAGGUUACGUUUCAUCAGAUCACGCUUCGUGAGGUCACAUCGACGCGAGACUCUCUUCGGAGCGGCACAACUUCGGUGAGGGGAACGGGAAAGCCUGCGCUCCGUUCAACAGAUUCAAGACAUGGGAAACUGCCUCUCCUGUCAAGCUGGGGAAGCCAGUGACAACACCAAGAGAAAGAGUCACACCCAAUACACGCAGGACACCAGCUUCCACCUUUGGGAUGACAGUGAGAUUGUGUCCUUGGAUUGCGAGACGCAUGCACAGGGAGAGCAUGCCUUGAUGUGCAGUGGAUCACCAGGUCAGCAGAGCUACGCCUGGUCAGCAGAGGGAGGAAACCAGGACCUGCUAGCAAUCAAGGGCCUUGAGUCCGCAUCACCAAGCUCCUACCGGAGGUCCUAUGCCAUCAUCUCUGCAUUGUCAAAGCUCUACGGACUUGAAGAAGACUCUGAGGACCAAAGCACCAUAGAGAUGAUUUCCGUUGCUGAAAUGCUGGAUCCUCAGUGUCCUGAGGGAGGCUCUUCUCUCCCCAACACCAUAGAUGUUGCCCCACCGAGCCAAUCCCAUGGGGCCUCCAGCAGUGGACAAGGGGAGGGUUCAUUCCUCUUACCUAGCCAGGAAGAAACCGAGUCCUUGAUGAGUGGUGAUUCUGGCGAUAAUAAGAUGGCUGCAUUGCUGCAGUUCCUGGCCUCAAAGUAUCUAAAGGAGGAGCCAACCACCAUGGCAGAAAUGCAGCAGUGUAUCAGCAAAGAGUGUGAUAACUUCUCUGUGCUCUUCAGGGAAGCCACUCAGAGCCUGAAGCUAUAUUUUGGCAUUGAUGUAAAGAAAGUGCAACCUUCCAGCACCUUCUAUGUUCUUGUCCCUGUCCUGGGCCUCACCUAUGAUGGUAUGGAUAGUAACAGGAAGGGCUACCCCAGGACCAUCCUCCUGAUAAUUGUCCUGGGUAUCAUCUUCCUUCAGGGCAACUGUGCCAGGGAGGAGGCAAUCUGGGAAAUUCUGAGUGAGAUAGGGGUACAUGCUGGGGAGGAGCACUGCAUCUAUGGGGAGCCCCGGAAGUUCAUCACCGAGGAUUUGGUGCAGGAACAGUACAUAUCAUACCUGGUAGUGCCCAACAGUGAUCCUCCUGAAUACAAGUUCCAGUGGGGUCCAAGGGCCUAUGCUGAAACUAGCAAGAAGGAAGUCCUACUUUUUUUGGCCAGGCUCAAAGCUACUGUCCUCAGGGACUUGCCUGUCAGUGAGGAGGAGGAUUCAGAAAAUGAAAACUAGAGAGAUCCAGGGCUACUGGAAGAGUGAUUACUAGGGACAGGACACAUUCCAGGGCCACAUCCAGCAGCUUCCGUCCCGUGUUAUUUCUGAAGCAGAUUCUAAACUCUGCAUGAAAAGAGCAGUCAGUUUUCUAAAUAGUGCAGAUGUAGAAUGGGUAUUAAGUUCAUUGUUAUAAUGCUUGCAUUUCUCCUGUGUGAGUGAGUUGAAGAUUUAUUUCUUUUUGAAAUUUUGCCCAUGUUCUCCCUUUUAGUAAGGAUUUAACUUCGUAUCGUAAAGUAUGAGUGGCAUUGGUCACACACAUUGCUGUUUAUAACUUUAAGAGUUUUGCUGUUUUGUAAAACAAACUAAAAUCUUCCAUCCUGUUUUGUGAU